AAUAGCAACAUCGGACCAGACCCCGACAAAGAAAAAAUAGAAAAUAAUAAUAAAUAAAAAAAAAAGAAAAUAACAAGAGCAACUCGACUCAGAAAACCAAAAAACCAAAGGAAAACUUUCAAUUUGUUGAUUUAUUUUCAGACAUCCUUCGGCGGUUUCAAAGUCCAUCGAAACGCAGAGUGAAAUUCUUGGAGACCAUUAUAAAUUUGAGCCAUUGUGCAUCAAUUCGUUUUAGAUGAGCCAGCAGAGUCAAGGAACUAGCUCUUUUUCUCCAGCAGAUGCCCCUGUAAAACGGAAACGUGGUCGUCCACGUAAAGAUGAUACCCAAAUACAGGGGGAGAACUUGCCUGGAUCUGACAUUAUAAAGAAAAACAAGCAGAUUGUGGGUGCAAGUAGUGCUGCCAUUGAUGACAUGGUGGGUCAGGUGGUUUCUGGUGUCAUUGAAGGUUCGUUUGAUGCUGGAUAUCUUCUUAAUGUCAAAGUUGGUGACACUGAGACCCAGCUGAGGGGUGUUGUAUUUUUGCCGGGGUGGUUCACUCCAAUCACUGCAGCAAAUGAUGUGGCUCCAAAUGCUAAGAUGUACAAAAGAAAAGAGGUACCCAUCCCAGUUCAAAACCUACAAACUCGGCACCAUCCAUCAGAACAAAUUAAAAAGCAAGCUACUGAAUCUAAAAUAGAUGCACCUAAACUUCCAGAUCGAGUUUUACCCUCUGAGCUUCAGUCUGGCAUCCCAGUUGUAGGUGAGAACCAAUCUGCCUCUGUGAUAAUACCUUUAGCUGAUAACUUGCCUAUGAAUGAGCCAGAUCUUUCCUUGGGAGAAAAAAUGGUGUUACAGCAAAUGUCGGAAACAGAGUCUAGGCUAGAGAGGCAAACUGCUUCAAUAAUAGCACAAUUAAAACAAGAUAAAGUUGUUGAACAGGAUAUACUGCAGCAGGGAACGAAUAUGGACAUUGAUACUUCAAAAGAAUCAGAGCCCAUGUCUAUCCCAUUUGUUGAUGUUAUUCCAUCUUCUGGAAAUGCUAGUCAGGUGUCUCAAGUUGAACAUCAAGCUUUGAGUUCUGACCUAAUGUUAAAUGAUUUGGUUCACAAUGAAGUGGUCAGUCUGAACAUUGAAAACAACCAGACUACUGUAUCUGCUGAACCCAAAUCUUUGUCCUCUGAACCUAUUGGAAUCAGCAUUUUGAUGCAGAAACGAAACCUUAAACACAACCCAACUCCUUUAUUUGUUGAAUCUGAACCCAUCUGUUCUGAACCAAUUGGGAUGAACAAUAUUAUUGACGGGCAGAAUUCUCCUAAGAAAGUAACAGUACAAGAUCCACAGUCAGAGCUUGAUAACAAAACAGUUGGCGGGAAUGACACCUCUCUCCCAGUAGAUGAAGCUGCUCCGUGCAUUGCUGCUAUAAGCUCAUUUUCUCCACCAGUAACUAGCCUAUCAGUAAUGAUGUUUGAUGGAGAAGCUAUUGCAUCUGAACCUGAACCUGGAACUGAAGGAUCUGCUUUUCCAAGAACUAUUGAAACCCAAAUAUGUAGUUCUGCUGCUGCUACCAAUGAUGCAGAAUCUGAUAUCAAAGAUGCCAUUACACACACUCAUUUAGAUUUAUCUAGUGGUGUUAACCUAUCUGGUUCAGGCUGAUUUGUAUGACAAACGAAAGAAAGGAAAAAGACUGUUAUAUUGAGGCAUAUAUUGUCCAGUGAUUAGGAAUAAGAAGAUUAUGCUAAGUUUUGAUUAACAAUAGUUGAGAGUAUUAACUAGAUGCUUACAGGUAAUUCAGAGUUUGUUUAGUCUGCUCUGGAUAAUUUUGUAAUGAGAAUUCCGGCAAUCUACUUCUCAACUUCGGCUUUGAUAUUUACUCUUUUUUUUUUUUUUUUUUAAUGAAAAUUGGAGAU